UUCUUGCCUAUUCCCCCGGACGUUUGGAUAGCCAAGCAAGAGUUAAACGACAAAGGAGACAUGACAAAGAAGAAGCCCGCAGCAAAUGGGAAUCGGAUGAUGUAUAGAUGUUUGUGUGCUUUCACAGUUUCUGUUGACCUGGCUCCGCUCAAAUUUCUGAAGUUUUCAUUUCUUUCGGAGAGUUUAGUUCUACGGUCUUGUUCGAGGAAUUGGGUGCAGGAGAACGAAAACCUCGACCUUUUUUAAGUUCCUUUUUCCAAGGAUAACUUCUGACAGCUGAAUGUGCGAGGAUGGAACGAUCUUCUUUCAGUUCCAGCGAUGGAAAAUCCAAGCCUUUGCUGUAUGCACCCACUAGAAGCACAUCAUCAAGGUCUCUGCUAUCAGAACUUGCAGGUGCUACUACUAUGAGUGAUAAAUUCCAGGUUGAGACUUUUUUGCGAUCCAUGCAGAAACAAAUUAGUUCUGCCAGAAAGCGAGGGUUUUUCUCUAAGAAGUCAGCAGAUCUCCCAGUUGGCGAGGAGUUCAAAUUGGAAGACUUGUUGUGCUUUCAAAAGGAUCCUAUUCCAACUUCCUUGUUCAAGAUCAAUGGCGAUCAUGUGAAACAAUCAGUUAAAAUGUUCAAGUUGAUUCUGAAGUACAUGGGAGUUGAUUCUCCAAGAAAUACUACGUUGUUGUGCUUGGAUGAUAGCAUUGAUCUUGCUACGAAGCUUCUUAAGAAAACCUUGAAGCAUUCUGUACUUUGUGAUGAACUUUUUGCACAGAUUUUCAAACAAACACGCAAUAACCCGAACAGGAGCUGCUUACUAAAAGCAUGGGAACUUAUGUACUUAUGCGUAUCUUCCAUGUCUCCAAGUAAGGAUUUUGGGCCAUUUAUAUUGGAAUAUGUGCAUAACGUGGCUUAUGGGCUCAACGUGGAUCCGGAUCAAGAGGUUCAAGCCCUUGCAGUAAUAACAUUGAAUGCUUUGAAGCGCUCUUUGAAGUUUGGACCAAGACUGACUUUUCCUGCACGUCAGGAGAUUGAAGCUCUUAUGACUGGUAAACACCUCAAAGCAAUAGUAUGUUUCAUGGAUGAAACUUUUCAAGAAAUCAUGUAUGACAUGACAACAGUGGUUUCUGACGUUAUCCAGGAACUUGCAAGGUUAAUCAACCUUUCAACCUUCUCCAGUUUCAGUCUGUAUGAAUGCAAAAAUGUUGAGAUUGAUUCUAUAGACUAUUUUAAUGAGGAAUUUAUAAGGUUAGAUGACAACAAAUAUGUUGGCGAUUUAUUGGCAGAAAAUAAUUCAGCAAAAGAGCACAGUAAAGGAGAAAUUUUGUCUGUUAAACUUGUAUUUAAACGAAGGAUAUUCAAGGAUUCAGAUAAGGAUGUCUCCGAUCCAAAAUUUUUGCAUUUGUCAUACAUUCAAGUACAACAUGACUAUUUGCUGGGAAAUUAUCCAUCUAAGAGGAAUUAUGCUGCUCAGCUAACUGCUUUGCAGAUUUUAGCUGAGAUUGGGUUUGAGUACAAUCCCGAGUCAUGUGUAUUGUGGACAUCUCUGCUGGAAAGGUUUUUACCAAGACAAAUUGCAAUGAGAAGGGCGAAGAGGAAAUGGGAGCUUGAUGUUCUCUCCCAAUAUAAUUUGCUGGAGGGCUUGUCAAAGGAUGAUGCUAAAAGGCAUUUCCUUGAGAUUCUUCAGAGACUUCCUUAUGGAAACUCCACAUUUUUUUGUAUGCGGAAGGUAGAUGACCCCACCGGUUCUCUACCUGGUAUGAUAAUUUUGGGUAUAAAUAUGCGUGGGGUUCAUUUUUUCCAUCCAUUUCCAAAAGAGUACUUGCACUCUGUAGAACUUAAAGAUGUUGCGCAAUUUGGUAGCAGUAACACUGCAGUUUUCUUUAAGAUGAAGGCUUCUGGAGUGCUUCAUGUUUUCCAAUUUGAAACUUCGCAGGGGGAAGAAAUUUGUUUUAUUCUUCAAGCACAUAUAAAGGAUGCUGCUAUGGCAGGAUACACAAAAACGCAGAAUGUUGUUACAAAAUCUAGUAAUGGUUUUGUGUCUGAAGAUGUCAAGUGUCUAAGAGUGGAUAUGUAUGAAGAACGUGUGCAAGGGUUAUCAAAAGCUGUUGAAGAAUCUCGUAAGAAGGCUGAUGAGUUGCUUGAAGAAUUGCAAGCAGGACAGAAGCUUGAAAUUGAGAUGCAGAAGGAACUGGCAAGGCUAAAAGAUUCCUUGGAUUCUGAGAAGCAAAACCUACAAGAAGUUAGUAGUGAUCGUGAUGAACUUAAAAAAUUAUGUGAUGACAAAGAGUCAGCUCUGCAGGCUUCUCUAAUGGAUAAACAAAACAAUGAGGUCAAACUAGCAGAACUGAGCUCACAGGGAUGUCUAUCUUUUGGAGAAGUCAUGCAUAGUUUUGAUAAUCAUCAUGGAAAUGCUGGUUAUGUAAGGAAUAUUUUGAGUGAUUUUCAGACAAUAACAAAACUUCAGGACGAUUUGAAUAUGCGUAAGAAUGAAAUGCAUGCAUCUAAAGAUACUAUUAAGGUGAUGCUUAAGGAGAAACAAUCGCUUGAGGAGAAAUUUGAAAAACUUGAGAAGAAGAAUCCUGAUGAGAUUAGUAUCAAGAUAAAGAAAUUUGAAGAUGAGCGGCUGACACUGCAACUGAACGUCUCAGAGUUGGAGAAGAAAUUGGAAAGUUUAACAGCUUCCUUUAAUGUUGUUGAAUCUACAAUUUCAAUGAGAAAUGCCAAACUACAUUCAUUAAACUGCAAUUUAGAAGAGUUAGAAGAAUUGCGUGAAAUGAAAGAUGAUUUUGAUAGGAAGAAUGAACAAAUAGCUUCAAUCUUGAAUGGGCAAGCAGCACACUUGUCUGAACUUGAAGCACUUUACAAAGGAGAGCAGCUUCUGCGGAGAAAGUAUUGCAACAUGAUUGAAGAUAUGAAAGGCAAGAUAAGAGUUUUUUGUCGCAUGCGUCCUUUAACUGGAAAGGAGAUUGAUGAGAAGGAGAGCAACAUUUUAGUAAGGGAAGAUGAGUUUACCGUUGCACAUCCAUGGAAAGAUGAGUCGAAGCAUCAUUUCUUUGAUCGCGUUUUUGACCAAAGUGCUUCACAGAAUGAUAUUUUUGAGGAUACCAAGUAUCUUGUACAAUCUGCAGUGAAUGGGUAUAAUGUCUGCAUAUAUGCUUAUGGACCAGCUGGUUCUGGGAAGACCUUCACAAUCUAUGGUUCGGACAAUCAUCCAGGGCUGAUCCCAAGAGCAAGUGCUGAAUUCUUUCAAAUAAUGGAACUUAGUCGGUCCAAAUUUUCUUUUUCUCUGAAGGUUUACAUGGCUGAGUUAUAUCAAGAAACUCUUGUAGAUCUUCUUCUUCCAAGAAAUGCCAAACGCUUAAAAUUAAACAUUAAAAAGAACUCAAAGGGUAUGGUUUCUAUAGAAAAUAUCACAAUUCUUGAAGUAUCAAGCUUUGAAGAGUUGAGGACAUGCAUUUUGAGGGGAGCUGAUCAGCGACAUAUUGCCGGAAACAAAAUUGAUGGUGAAAGUUCGAGAUCACAUUUAAUAUUAUCUAUCAUAAUUGAAAGCACCAAUCUUCGAAGUCAAACUCUUGCUAAUGGAAAGUUUACCUUUGUGGAUCUUGCUAGUUCAGAAAGGAUAAAAAAGACUGGAUCUUCAGGAAAUCAGUUGAAAGAAGCACAAAGCAUCAAUAAAUCUCAUUCUGCUUUUGGAGAUGUGAUCAGUGCUUUGUGUUCUGAGGCUCAACACGUUCCUUACAGGAAUCAUAAACUUACGAUGCUCAUGAGUGAUGCUCUUGGGGGAAAUGCCAAAACACUUAUGUUUGUGAAUGUGUCUCCUGCAGAAUCGUAUUUGGAUGAAUCGUACCAUCAUCUCAUGUUCGCUUCGAGGGUAAGGUGCAUACUAAAUAAUCCAAGCAAGAACAUAUCUUCAAAAGAGCUCGCCCAUUUAAAGAAAUUGGUUUCCUAUUGGAGGGAGCAAGCAGGAAAACAAGGGGAUGAUGAGGAACUGGAAGAGAUACAAGAAGAAAGACAAACAAAAGAGAAAAACUGAUCACCACUUUCCCUGCUUUUAUCAAAGUAAAACUUCAUUUUGAUCUGAAUAUAUAUCCCAAGUCAAGGUUUUUUGGACUAUUUUGCCUCUAAGUUAACCGAAAUAAAUGUAUAUAUCAGUUUGGAUAUAUAGUGGGAAUCGGGUCGCCGGCGAAGGUUAUAAAUUUUGUACAUUAGGAUUAAUUAGCUCCCUAAUGCUGCAUGCAGACAACCUUCUUCACUUGCACAUAAAGCUGCAUUCUAAGAUUUAGAUUUUGUUCUAUCGAAUAAUGUAUGUGUUGAUUCAGAACUCAAUAAUUUGAUUGGUU